AUGUCCAUGGCUCAAUCUUCCCUACUUUUCACAAAUUCAACUACAACCACUUUAACAAAAACAACGACACCACCAGUCAGUGUUAACAUAUCUAAUAUGGGGGCAGGGGCUUCCGGUUUCGCAUCUGGUGCUACUUUCACUACUGUUUCUCCACUUCGUCAAGAUGAUCUAGAUACUUUUAAGGUUCUUCAAAAUAAUUUGGAUAAAUUGCUUGAAUCAACCAAAUGCACUUCCAGCUCAGAUAACUCCAUCACAGCUAACAAAGCUCUGCUCGAGACAACAAUGAAGAAGCAUGCUGCGAACUUGGAAAAAGCUAAAAAAGUUGUUGACUCUUCGACCGUUUGCAAGGAUACGACCAAAAAAGUCGAAAAACUAAUUUAUGAUGCUCAAAUGUUUAUGGGUACUUUCCAGACAUCCUUUGAAGUAAAUAUGCCCAAAGAAAACCAAGUGAUUUCAAGCCUUGGAACCACCCUUCAUAUUGAGAAGGAUGCUCUUGAGAAGGUUUGCACAGAAGAGGAUGACGAUAAGAAACUGAAGCGUAUAUCUCGCGAUGCCGAAGCUGAUGAAAACUUGCGAGUAGCUAGAGAAGCUGAAGAGAAAGAGAGGGUUGCUCGUAAAGCAGGGGAAACUUUCAAAGCCCAGAAAACUAUCUUUCCUCUAUGGACACAUGAGCGAAUUCUGAAUGAGGCCAUUGACAAUCCAAACAGUUAUUGGCUAGAUCCUGUUGGCUCAUUCAAAUUAUAG